AUGGCGGGGAAGAACUCAGAUCGUUUCGAUAUCGUGAAUGGCAAGCAACUUGCGUUGCUGAUCGCGCCUACCAUAUGCUUUGUGGUUGCGGCGGCGGUGGUAGCAGCGAGAUGGUACACAAGGAGUGUUCGAAGGGUCAAUACCUUGGGCGAAGAUGCGUUGAUGCUGGCUGCUCUGGCUAUGAGCUUCGUCGUAGUUGCUUUAGUCUACGUGCUAGUAUUCCUGGGUGGAGAAGGCUUGACGAGCGAUCAGAUCAAGGCGGAUCCGACUAAGAACUUUGACGUUGUGGAGCGAUUCUGGCUGCGGAUGCAGUUCGCACUUGACAUCUGCUGGGCUACAUCGAUUGCAACCGUGCAGUUGGGCUUCGCGAAAUCCUACCUACGGCUAUACGAGAAGAGAGUGUUUGCCCGCAUAGCCUGUUAUGUGUCUAUAGCGCUCAUCGCGAUCUGGUAUAUUUGGUCGCUCGCGGGUUGGAUCAGCAUGUGCCAUCCCCCUGGAGAGUGUAAGCUGCAGAGCAAGAAGUCGUGCAUCAUCAUCGGCUCGUUGCACGUCUUCUUCAACAGUGUCAUCCUCUUUGCUCCAUUGCCUGCCGUAGCAGCAGCAGACCUGUCGGGGAAGAAGAAGCUGUGGGUGAUGGUUUUAUUUCUCCUCGGAUGCUUCUGCACCAUUCUGGCUGUCCUUCGCAUCGACUGUGCGAUUGAUGUUUUCGGCAACGUCGACGAAGACCCGAUUGGUGCAUCGUGGUGGCGCGUCUGUUUCUCCCCAAUUGAAGUCGCCGUCGGCAUUGUCUGCUGCUGCGUACCUAAUGUCAGGUCACUACCAACGUGGCGCCGAACUCCCCCACUCGCCACCGACGAGAGUAUUGGUCUCCGGCGGAUGAAGUUCCGGACAGCAAGCAACGGCUCGUCAACAUCAAACCUCAACGCACCACCUUCGCAAUGGAUGCCGCAGAGCGCAAAACCACAGGCGGCUACUUUCGUCACGUUGAGCAGCGAAUCGGAUCCUGCCGAGAGGUUGAGUUCAUUGGGAGCGAAUGAGAUUAAAGUAACAAAGGAGUACAAUCUCGAUCGAUUAUAA